CCAGCAUGGCUACGUGGAAGUUAGAGGACUAAAGAUGCAUGUUGCAGAGAUUGGAUCAGGUCCUGCAGUGGUUUUCCUACACAGGUUUCUGGAAAUAUGGCAUUCAUGGUGGCAUCAGAUGCUUGCAGUAGCCAACGGCGGAUUUCGGGCAGCAGCACUAGAUUUCAGAGGCUAUGGACUUUCUCAAGUGCCUGCAGAACCAGAAGAGAAAACUUUCAAGGACCUUGUGGAUGAUCUUCUGGAAAUUCUUGAUUCUUUUGAGCUUCAGAAGGUUUUUCUUGUGGGAAAGGAUUUCGUUGCUGUAGUAGUUUAUCAUUUUGCACUCCUUCACCAAGACGGUAUCAGCACUUGUAACACUGGGCCUGCCAUUCCUGCCUUUGGGUCCUGAUGUUUAUCUAGACUACCUCCCCUAGGGCUUCUAUGUGAUGAGAUGGUGGGUAAGUCGAUUUCUUUUUACCUAACUUUUUGUCUAUGAUCCACUCAGGAACCAGAAGGGCAGAAAAAGACUGUCGGUUUGAUACUAAGACAGUGGUUAAGAACAUAUACAUUCUCUUCACUGGUAGUGAGUUGCAAGUAGCUAAGGAAGAGCAGGAGAUAACGGACUUGGUUGAUCCUUCUACACCACUACCCUCUUGGCUUGCUGAAGAAGAUCUUAUGAACUAUGCAAACCUAUAUGAGAGAUCUGGUUUUCAUACUGCAUUGCAGGUCCCAUACAGGUAAAGUUUCUCUACUGCUGAAGAAUAGUUUUGAUUUCAUGCCUUUUAAGUGAUAGGAUUUGUGCAGGGUCCUGGUUGGGAGAUGAUGGUGUUGAUAAUCAUAGAAUAAAUGUUCCUUCCCUGCUGGUAAUGGGAGAAAGGAUUAUGCCUUAAAGCUUGCAAAGAUAGAAGACUGCAUCACAUGUGGAAAGGUGAAAGACUCUGUUCCUGAUCUGGAAAUAAUUUUCUUGCCAGAAGGGAACCACUUUGUUCAGGAGCAGUUUUCUGAGAAGGCGAACAAGCUUCUGGUCACCUUCCUGAAUAAGCAUGAAUGACCACAUGCCAGUGCUGCCACACCAAGUUAAAUAUUGAAAAUUUAAACAUUGUUGUGCUGAUGUACAGUUUGUGAACUGAAUUGCAUUGUGCAGAGGGUAAUUAUUUUGUAUGGUGCAGUUUGCGAACUGAGUUUCAGUAAUUUCUUCAGUAAAAGAAGCUGA